AUGUAUCUAUGUAAUAAAAAAUCUUUAAAUAUAUAUAAUAAAUUGAAAUACACAAGUAGUAGUAGUAUUAGCAAUAAUUGUAAUAGAUAUAAUUUUUACUCUACAUCAGCAUCAGCAUCAUCGAAUCAAAAUGAAGUUGAUCAAAGUAAAUCUAUAGAUUCAAUUAGAAAGACAUUUCUUUCUUACUUUGAGAGAAAUGAUCAUCUUCGUGUAGAAUCAUCUUCUCUCGUUCCACAUACAGAUUAUUCUCUAUUGUUUACAAAUUCAGGUAUGGUACAGUUUAAGAAUUGUUUUAUUGGUUUUGAAAAACCGGUGAAACCACUUUGUACUUCGGUUCAGCGGUGUGUGAGAGCAGGUGGUAAACACAAUGAUUUGGAAAACGUUGGAUACACUGCACGUCAUCAUACAUUCUUUGAGAUGUUGGGUAACUUUUCGUUUGGUGGAUACUCGCAUUUCAAGCGUGAUGCUAUUCGUCAUGCUUGGACACUUCUGACCGUCGAUUUCAAGCUGCCAGUGGAUAGACUGCUAGUCACUGUGUUGCACGGUGACGAGGAAUCGGCCAGCAUCUGGAGAGACGAUAUCGGUUUGCCAAGUGAGAGAAUUCUCUACAAGGGUGAAGCAGACAACUUCUGGUCGAUGGGAGAUGGUGACGGUCCGUGCGGUCCGUGUUCAGAAAUCUUUUGGGAUCAGGGUCACGAGGUGGAUGGCGAUAGGUAUCUCGAGAUUUGGAAUCUGGUGUUCAUGCAAUAUCAUCGUGAUGCAUCGCGAAAACUGAUUCCUCUCGCUACACCGUGUGUCGAUACUGGCAUGGGACUGGAGCGUAUGGCAACCGUGCUACAGGGUGUCAGUAGUAACUAUGAGAUCGAUUUUGCAAUCGAAAGAGGUGCUCCUCAUCUCGAUGACUUGAUUGAAUCAAGAAAAUUGGAUGAAUGGCAAGUUUUCAAUAUUUUUAAUACAUAUGGAUUACCAUUGGAAAUAUCAGAGGUAAAAGCAAAACAAGCAAAUAUAGAAUUAUCGAUGGAAAAAGUACAAACAUAUAUUGAAGAGAUGAAAGAGAAAUCGAAAUCAACAUGGAAAAAAGAUAAAAAUAAUAUACCUGAACCAGUUUUGAAAUGGAAGAAUGAUAGAAUAGAACCAGAAUUUAUUGGAUAUACAGAUACAAAAUCAAAAAGUAAAGUUUUAAAGAGUUAUUUCAAUCCUGAACAAGAUAGUGUUGCCUAUUUGUCAUUGGAUAAAUGUCCAUUCUAUGGAAAUUCAGGUGGUCAAAUUGGUGAUACCGGAAAGAUCAUUGGAAAAUCUGGAAACACCUAUCGAGUGAUCGAUUGUAUAAAGCCAUAUGAAAAUGGAUUGGUCAUUCUCUUGGAGAUCGAUCCCAAGAUACAUAGAUACAAUGAUCUUUCUAUAGAUCUCAAGGAAGAUUCAUUUGUAGAUUCAGUAGUCGAUCACAACAUUCGUCAACAAACAGCUAUUCAUCAUACUGCCACUCAUUUACUACAGGCUGCACUCAGAGCCGUUUUGAAAUCUAAUCAGUCGUCAUCGUCUGUUGUUCAAGCAGGUUCCUAUGUUGGACCGGAUGCUUUGAGAUUCGAUUUUACAUAUCCAGCCAAGUUGACCAGAGAGGAAAUUCAACAGGUUGAACAUUGGAUCAAUCAUAUCAUUGAGAAAGAUGCUAUAGUUGAGACUGUGGAGACACCCUAUGCCGAAGCCUGCAAGUCCGACGCCAUUCAGCUGUUCUCUGAGAAGUAUCGUGAUGUCGUUCGUGUCGUUGACGUACCGGGAUUCUCAAAGGAACUCUGUGGUGGAACACAUGUUAAACGUACAUCGGAGCUUCAGUGCUUCAAGAUUAUCAGUGAGAACAGUGUUGCUGCCGGUACUAGAAGAAUUGAAGCAAUUGCUGGACCCGUUGCUAUCAAAUGGCUGUCAAACAACAGUGAUAUUCUCUCUAGCAUCUCUAGAAGAUUGGAAGUACAAACACCAGCGGUCGAGAAGCAAAUCGAUCAACUCUUAACGAAUCGUAAGGAACAGGAACGACAAAUUGCAGAUCUCACAAUGAAGCUUGCGCUGGCAUCGAUAAAGAGUGCGAAAGGAUCAUUCGAUGGAAAGCCAAUUAUUAUACAUCUUAUAGAUUGCGAUGUAUCGGUUGACAAGAAAGGUCUACAAGAGAUUGGAAAUAGUAUGUCGAAACGCGAUACAGACAGUGUACAUGUAAUCAUCACAUUGGAUGGAAAGAUUCUAGUUACUCUUGGAAGUGCAAAACUCGACACCAGUGCAGACAAGGUGAUCAAAACAUUGUUCCAAGUGAUUGGAGCUGGUAAAGGUGGUGGUAGUAAACAAAUGGCACAAGCAUCAAUAGGUAACAAUAUUGAUAAAUCAACCAUUAAAAAUGUAUAUAAAUGGGCAAAUAUUGAUGCUUAA